AAACACCAGCAUCAACCACAGAAAUGCAUGUAUCAGUAGUUUAUUGUAUACCCAAAACACACAUGCUCUCACGCACCCACACACUCACACCCUUGUGUUGCCCAAUUACAAUGUCACUAAAGGAUUGUGGCGAUAGUAAUUGGAGAGUCAAGUCACAGUCAAUUCCAGGGAACAUCUACACUAUUAAUAAGAAGCUUAGACAAGCAUGUCCUCAGUCUCAUUGCACCUCCUUCAAUUGCCCCGUGUGUGGAUGCUGUCGGGAUAUGUACGAAUGCAGUUGCUUUGACUUUGCUACUGGUAAUCUAUGUAAACAUAUUCAUAAAGUAUGUGCCAUAUCUACCAGCCAUUCUACAGAUCCUGAUGAAGACACUGCAGAGAAUGAUUGUGAAGCCAAUCAUCCAAACAGCCAUCCUCAAGCUCAGGUCAAUAGUCAAAACCCAACGGUUCUUUCUGUACCAGCAGAAGACCACAAAUAUCUUCCAAGCAAGUGCAACACAACUCAAUUUGGUGACAACACUUUGUCACACGAUAUGCCAAAGAAUUGAACAAGGCAAUUUUAACAUUAUGUAUUUGCCAAAUGUACUGUCUCACCUCAA